AUGUUCAUAAAAUUCGAGAGACAUUCAGAUCGUGUGAAAAGUGUUUCUUUUCAUCCUCAUCGUCCUUGGGUGUUAAGUGCAUUACAUUCAGGAAUAAUUGAAAUGAUUGAUUAUAGAAUUAAGAAAAGAAUAGCCAUAUAUGAUGAUCACAAGGGUGCAGUUCGAUCAGUUUAGUUUCAUCCAUAGCUAAACUUAUUUUGUUCAGGAGGAGAUGAUUUUACAGUUAGAGUAUGGAAUUUUAAAUAAUGUCAAUUCAUAUUAAAAGGACAUUUAGAUUAUGUGAGAUGUGUGACAUUUCAUACAAUAAAUCCUUGGGUAUUAUCAGGUUCUGAUGAUCAAACAGCAAGAGUAUGGAAUUAUCAAAGCAGAUAAACAAUUGCAAUUUUGACAGGGCACACACAUUACAUAAUGGCUUGUCAUUUUCAUCCUACAUAAGAUUUGAUUGUCACAUGUUCAUUAGAUUAAACAGCUAGAUUGUGGAAUUAUGGAGUACUUAAAUAAAGAUAUGCUUAAAAAAAGAAUUAAGAGUAUGUACUAUCAGGAGCAGAAGUAUAACUAAUAUCAAUAAUGGAUGCACAUAAGGAUUAAUUAAACUGGUGUUCUUUUCAUAAAACAGAGCCAUUCAUAAUAACUAGUGCAGAUGACAAAAACAUUAAAUUAUGGAAAUAUAAUGAUAAUAAGGCUUGGGAAUUUGAUACUUUAUCUGGUCAUACUAAUAAUGUUUGUUGUUCAGAAUUUCAUCCAAAAGGAGAGGUAAUCAUUUCAGAUUCUGAAGAUCACACUAUAAGAAUAUGGGAUUUUGCAACUCGGAAACAAAUUGGAUUAUAUGAGAACAAACAUUUUGAUAGAUAUUGGAUAGUAUCCUGUCAUUAAAAUAAUUAUUAUUUUGCUUGUGGUUCAGAUACUAUGUUAUAAGUGUUUACUCUACAAAAAGAUCGAAUACCUCUAUUACUUGUUAAUGAAAGAUAUAUUUGUAUGGCUGAAUAAAAAACUCUAAAAGUAAUUGAAUUAGUAAGUGGAUAAUAACAAAUCAUAAGAGACAUUGCUACAGUGAUUACUCCAACUCCUACUUUUCUAGAGGAUAAUAUUGAAUUCAUCGAAUAUAAUACUUAUGAUACUCAAAAAACAUAAUUGAUGAUUAGAUGUAUCAGAUCAUUUAAAGAACCAACUAAACCAAAGAGACAUUUGUUAAUGGUAUUUUAACUAUAAAAAGGAGAUUCUGGAGUUAAAUAAUUCUUUUCUAAUUGUGCUUGUUUUAUUGGUAAAAAUAAAAUUGCAAGAAUCAAUCUUGAUCAUUAAAUUGAAUCUUACAAUUAUGAAACAGAUUCUAUUUAAAUUAUUGAUGAUAAACCAUCAUCUAAAAUAUUUCCUGCUCCUGGUGGUAAAAUAUUAAUCCAAAGAAAUUCAAUAAUUCAAUAAUUAGAAUUAUUUGAUCCACUCACUAAAUCUGGUUUAUAUUCUGUUGACUAUUCUAAUGCCAAAUAUGUAUAGUAUGUAGAUUCAUACUUAAUUGUCUAAAGUAAAUUGUCUCUCACUGUCUUUACUAAAUAAUUAUAGAAAUUAAUUGAUGUCUAAGAAUAAAUUAAUAUUAAGUCUUUUAUUUGGAUAAACAAUUUUAUUAUUUAUACAACCAAAAGUCAAAUCAAAUAUUUAUUAUUAAAUGGAGAUACAGGUGUUCUAAAAUCAACAGAAAAUAUCUUAUAUCUAGUUAAAGGUGAAGAAUAAUAAUAAAAUAAACUUAAAUUGAGUGCUAUUGAUAACACUUCUAAAUAUUAUUCAGAAAUCCUUGAUAUUUCAGAACCUUUAUUUAAAAUAGCCAUCAUGAAUAAAGACUUAAAUUCUAUACAUAAAUUUAUAGAACAAAACCAAAAUGAAGCUAUUCUAUCUUAUUUAUAUUAAAAAAAGCUUGCAUCUGUUGCUUUGAAAUUAGUCAAAGAUAAACAUGGUAUAUAUAUGUUAAUAAUUAUUUAGCUAAAUUCUCACUUUCCCUUGAUAGUGGCAAUUUAGAAUUUGCAUAUAAGGCAGCAGUAGAAAUUAAAGAUUCCUAAUUGUUCGAAUAGUUAAGAACUGAAGCUUUAAGAUAAGGUAAUCACUUAUUAGUGGAUGUUUGUGAUCAACAACUAAGUUAAUUUGAUAGAUUGUCAUUUUUAUAUUUAUGCACUGGUAACAUUGAGAAACAAGAGAAAUUGUAAAACAUUUAGCCUAAUUUUAUUUAUCAAUCUUAAUUAUAAAGAAAAAUUGCUAUUAAAAAUUCCUUACCUAAAUUAUCAUAAAUUAUGGAUCAUCUUAAUGGUAUUCCAUAAAAAUUAGAUGAUAAUUAAAAAGAAACAAUAGAAUGGAUUAAUUCUUUAGGAGGAAGUUAAAGUUUGAUUCCUCCAGUACCAAUAAUGAAAUAUAAAAGUGAUCCAUGGCCACUAAUAUAAAUGAAUGAAUAAGAUAUUAUUAAUCUUGAAGUGACAGAUGAAGCUAUAGUAGCAUCUGAUAUCUUCUCUUAAUAAAAAUAAGUGAUUUAAGAACCUUAAGUGGAUGAAUAAGUUAAUGAUGGAUAAUGGGGCUUAGAUGAAGAACCAGAAGAAGUAAUUGUAGAAUCUAAAACUACUGAUCCAAUUAAUAAAAGUAUUGAUGAACAAGCAUUACGAGGAUAAGUUGUUCAUUAAAAUGGAGAAGUGGCUUUUAAAUACUUUGCUGUAGGAGAUUAUGAAACUGGCAUCAAUUUACUUAAAAAAUAAAUCAAUCUUACUAAUUAUUAACAAUUAUUUAAAUCACUUGCUGAUUUACCUAAUUUUUAAAUUUUAGCUUCAACACCUUAUCUAAAUAACACAACAUUACCAGUCAAAAUCAAUAGAUUGAAUGAAGUCAAAAGUCUAAUUAAAUAAGGUAAAUUACUAAAUUAUUUUUUAGGUUAUAAAUUUACAACUGAUGCUAAAUUUAAUGAAGUGAGUAAUUGCUUUUAAUAAGUCUUAAAAAAAUUAUUAUUGACAGAUUUUGAAGAGAAUUAAAUAGAUGAAAUAAAAAGAUACAUUAAUAUUAGUAAAAAUUAUUUAUUGGCAAUGCGUUGCGAUUUUCUAAAAAAAGAUAGCAAUGCUUUAGAAAUGGCUUGUAAAAUGGCUACAAUUGAUUUAUAGCCUGGUCAUAGAAUAUUAACAUUAAGGUAGGCUUUGAGCAUAAGUUAUAAAUAGAAGAAUUUUAUUACUUGUUAAUAGAUAGCCAAAAAAUUAAUUGAAUUGUUAAAAAAUGAUAACACUUCAAAACCAGAAGUAUUAUAAAAUGCAUAGAAAGUAUAUAUGUAGAUAGUAUAGUAUUUAGUAUGAAAAAGCAUCUCAACAAUAAAAUUCAAAUGCAAUUUAGAUAGAGUUCAAAGAAUAAUGGUUGAAUGAAUAACCAAUAUACUCAGCAAAUAGUCUUAAAAGUAUUUCAAGUUACAAAUCUUGUCCAUAUGAUGGUAGUGUUUAUGAGACUGAUUACUAAGAGAUAUGUUUGAUUUGUGGAUUAUGUAGAGUAGGCAAAGCACCUGGACUUAAGUAUUAAUGAAAAAAAUUUAUAUUUUAUUU